AUGCUCAGCGCGACACCAAGAGCUCGCGCCGCAGGGCGCACUGUCGCCAAGCUGCUCCGAUCAGCCGAGGCAACCUCCCUUCGGCCGGCACAGUCAGCAUUCUCACGCUCCAUCGGCACCUCCUCCUCUGCUCUUCGCUCGUCUAACGCCGCACCUGCUCGACUCUCGCUUCCACGGCUCGGAGGUCUCUCGACUCGCCGCGGCCUGGCCACCGUCGCUCGUGACGAUCAAUUCGCCAACAUCACUGCGGCCGACGUCGAGGCAUUCGCCAAGAUCCUCACCUCCCCAUCGCAGAUUCUCACAACAAUCAAGCCUGACUCGGGCUCUUCCGCCUCGUAUCAGGCCGUCGACCCCAGCGAGCUCGACACCUUCAACAAUGACUGGAUGAACAAGUACCACGGCAAGUCGCAGCUCGUGCUCAAGCCAAAGACCACGCAGGAGGUCUCAGAGGUGAUGAAGUACUGCCACAGCAAGAAUAUCGCCGUCGUACCGCAGGGCGGAAACACAGGUCUCGUCGGAGGUGGUGUGCCCGUCUUUGACGAGGUCAUCAUCCAGCUCGGCGGACUCAACCAGAUUCGAUCGUUCGACGAGGUGGCCGGCACUCUUGUCUGCGAUGCCGGCUGCAUCCUCGAGAGCCUCGACAACCACAUCGGCGAAAAGGGCUACAUGAUGCCGCUCGAUCUCGGUGCCAAGGGCUCCUGCCACAUUGGAGGAAAUGUCGCGACUAACGCAGGCGGGCUUCGUUUCCUGCGCUACGGCAGCUUGCACGGAAACGUCCUUGGUCUCGAAGUCGUGCUUCCCGAUGGCACCAUCAUGGACAACCUCUCGACGCUUCGCAAGGAUAACACCGGCUUCGACCUCAAGCAACUCUUCAUUGGCUCCGAAGGCACCAUCGGCCUCAUCACCGGUGUGUCCAUCGUCACUCCUCGCCGUCCCUCGGCAAUGAACGUUGCCGUCUUUGCGCUCGACUCAUACGAAGCAGUGCAAACUGUCUUUGGCCAAGUCAAGAAGCACUGUGGCGAGAUCCUGUCAGCUUUCGAGUUCUUUGACCAAACCUCGUUCGACGUCGUCCAGAAGCACGCCACCGCACAUGUCCGCGACCCCUUCGAGGCGCGUCACCCGUUCUACGUGCUCAUCGAGACGAGCGGCUCCAACAAGGACCACGAUGACGAGAAGCUCCAGGUGCUGCUCGAACACCUCAUGGAAGAAGGCAUGAUUGAGGACGGCGUACUGGCCCAGGACGAGACGCAGCUGCAGGGUCUCUGGGCUUUGAGGGAAAGCAUUCCCGAGGCGGCGGGCAAGAUGGGCAAAGUGUUCAAGUACGACCUCUCGAUGCCGAUCAACAAGAUGUACGAGCUGGUGCUCGACAUGCGCAAGCGCUUUGACGAGCACGGUGUCCACGGCGACGGCAAGGAUGUCGGCGCCGUCUGCGGCUAUGGGCACAUUGGAGAUGGAAAUUUGCACAUCAACAUCGUAGCCAAGUCGUACGACGAGAAGAUCGAGAAGAUCAUCGAGCCGUAUAUUUACGAGUGGACGAGCAAGGUCAAGGGCUCGGUCAGCGCAGAGCACGGAUUGGGCUUGAUGAAGGCCACCAAGAUCGGAUACUCAAAGACGCCCGAGAGCGUCGAGUACAUGAAGAAGAUCAAACACCUCUUCGAUCCAAAGGGCAUCUUGAACCCGUACAAGUACAUUCAGGUGUAG